GGUGCACAUUGUUUUCCGUCGCGUGUGAAAAUUGCUGAGUGUAUAAAAACUGUGCAAACUUAGAGAAAACUUCUGCAUUUGGUUGAAAGUUCUAUGCUGACAAGAUGAAGUUCCGCGCACUGAUGCAGGAUCCGCUGUACAUGAAAGAGUUCCAGGCCAUUGUAGCCACUUUGACCAAGCUGGCGAAAGAUUGCGUGAUGAUUCUGGGCUCUCGACAGAUGCAUUUUAUCGUAAACGAGGAUCAGAGCUCCGCUGCAUCGCCCUUGGUUUGGGCAGGAAUUGCAGCUGACGAGUAUUUCCCGGAGUAUCGCAUGGAGGCUGCUCACCCGGAUCAGGAGUACAUAGUUCUAGGCGUGUCUUCGGCGAACCUCGGAAGAGCUUUAUCAGUGCUUCGCGGUGGAGGCGUAAACAGCUGCAAACUAAAGCUGCAGAGAAUUCAGUUUCCGUGCAUUUCAGUAAUAGCCUCGGUGCUUACGUCGUCUUCAACAGAAGCCCGUGAAGUGGUGCACGAUGUUCCAGUGACCAUAAUCCCGGGCAGCGAUUGGUCUGCCUACGUUGUACCGAGAGUUCCAAACUCGCAGUUGGCCUUGGGCCUACCAAGCCUAAGAUUGCUCAAAAGUCUCAUUGACAAGCUGAAGAACAUAUCACCCAGCCUUGAGUUUCAGGCCAACUUGGACGGAGAGCUCAAUGUCAUAGCCACCUCUGAAAUGUCCACUGUGACUAGUCGAUUCCAAAAAUUACUAAUUCGAACUGUGGCAGGAUCCCAGCAGGAAGCGUCCUGCUCCGUGGAUUCAAGAAAAGCCUCUGCCUUCUUCGGAGCACUUCAACUCCCUAACGAGGAACUGACUAUUGGGAUUGACCGUGAGCAUUCCAUCCAUCUGCAGAUCGAUGUACGACAGGAUGUUGUUCUGCACUCUAUUCUGCCAGCUGUUUGUAUGUAGUUCUUAGGUUUGCUUAGCUUACCUGUAAUAAAUGCCACUUGAUGUAUUGAGGUGUAAUAAAUGUUUUUAACGCUAAA